GGUAGCUGCCUUUGUUUACGAUGAAUCAGGCAAGCCUCUCUUCCGACUUUCACUCGCUCUCUUCUCCAUGUCCAGUCUGUUGCAGAGGCCAUUUUCGCAUGUCAUCGAUGGCAAGCUCUUCGACGACGAGAGCGCCAAAACUAUCUUGAUAGUCAAUCCUGCGACGGAAGAAACCCUUGCAAAUGUCCCUAUUGCAACGCGAGACACCGUGGAAAAGGCCGUGCAGUCAGCAGCCGCUGCUUUCGCCACCUGGUCAAAAUGGAGCUGGGACGAGCGUGCAAGUCGCGUUCGCAAGAGUGGAGAAGCGUUUCGCGACUUGAAACCCCAAUUGGCGAUGCUGCUGGUUGCAGAACAGGGCAAAGCGUUGGGCGCUGCCCAUUAUGAGCUCGACACUGCCCAAGAGUGGUUCGACAGGUUGCAUCAGUUGCAGCCUAAGGAGAAGGUUGUCUAUGAAAACGACUCGACGAGAGUCAUCGAGCGUUAUCUGCCCCUUGGCGUUUCAGCUGCAAUUGUGCCCUGGAACUUUCCUGUUCUUCUGAUGAUCUGGAAGAUCCUGCCAGCCAUUAUAAUGGGUAACACAAUCAUCGUCAAACCGUCGCCUUUCACGCCCCUGUGCAGCGUACGCAUAGUAGAGAUGCUUCAGCAAUUCUUUCCUCCGGGUGUGGUGCAGGUGCUCACCGGCGACGACAGUCUUGGUCCUUGGCUCACUGAGCACCCAGGCAUCCGCAAGAUCUCGUUCACUGGAAGCACAGCCACGGGUAGGCUCGUCGCCCGCAGCUGUGCUGCGACCCUGAAGCGUUUCACUCUGGAGCUCGGGGGCAACGAUGCUAGCAUCAUCAUGCCAGACAUUGAUGUGCCCAAAGUUGCCCCGCGCGUCUUCCAGGCCGCCUUUUUCAAUUCCGGCCAGACGUGCCACGCUGCCAAGCGUAUUUACGUGCACGAAGACGUCUAUGAUCGUUUCGCGCAGGCAAUGGCAAGCUUGGCAAAGCAAGCCAAAGUGGGACGGGGCGAGGAGAGUGACACCGUGUUUGGGCCACUGAACAACAAGAUGCAGCACGACAAGAUUGCAGAGUUCAUUGACCAGUCUCGCGGCGAGGGACACACAUUCCUUGCGGGUGGCAAAAUGGAACAAACGACCGGCUACUUUGCUCCACUCACGAUUGUCGAUCGGCCGCCUGAAGCGAGCCGGAUUGUACAGGAAGAGCCAUUCGGACCGAUUGUUCCCUUGCUUCAGUGGACGGACGAAGAGGACCUUAUCAGACGCGUCAACGAUUCCCCCUAUGGCCUCGGCGCAACCGUGUGGGGGACUGAUCUGGAUCGUGUCGAGCGCGUGGGGCGUCGCAUCGAGGCCGGACUGGUCUGGACAAACCAGGAGAGGAUGGACCAGCAUCCCGAAGUUGCUUUUGGAGGUUUCAAACAGAGCGGAAUCGGCUGUGAGAACGGCAUGGCGGGACUCACCGGAUGGGGUCAGAUUCAGUGCAUCGCACUUCUGAAGGCCCCAACGAAUGAUCUAUGACCGAGAAAUGUUUUUUUUUUAUGUAUGCAAGUGGUUCA